AAAAUUAAAAAAAAAAAAAGACUUUGUUGACGACCGUUUCUUGUUUUACACUCCCGUCAACGCAGCACGUAAAUAGAAGCUUCUAAGGGUCCCAGUCCCACAAUAUGCCAAAGCACAAUCCUCAUCGAUCUACCCACUUCUUGUUUGUCAUGUUCUGUUCCCAUUCUGACUGACGAUUUUAUUAUCACAUUCCCACGCCUUCCAAACGUGACUUUUCAUUGCAUUGAGCUUUGAAUCUUUGAUGAUUGACUCUGGAUCGAUCCAAGAUCAAACAGUUGAGGCAACAAACACAGAAACCAGAAGAAGAAAAGAAAACUAUUGCCCUUUUGAGGGGCACGAGAGAAGAAAAUCAAAAAUGGAAAAAAGGCUAUCAGAUGCAGCCGUGGAAGGAGACAUCAAAUCCCUCCAAGGAUUACUCCAAGAAGACCCUCUAAUUAUUCACCGUUCAAUAGUUUCUUGUGUCUCCGAGACCCCUCUCCAUGUUUCCUCCAUGCUAGGCCACGUCAGUUUCGUCCAAGAGCUUCUGAAUCUUAACCCGGAAUUGGCUUCCGAGUUGGAUUCACAGGGCUGCUCUGCUCUUCACCUGGCUGCAGCAAAAGGGCACGUUGAGAUUGUCAAAGAGUUGGUCAAAGUGGAUCCAGAGAUGUGUAUGGUGCGAAAUCAAGAUGGUAGGACGCCACUCCACGUAGCUGCUAUUAAGGGGAGGGUUAAGGUGGUGAGGGAGUUGGUUCGAGCAAGGCCUGAGUCAGCUCGGUUGGUGACUGAACGAGAUGAAACUGCGUUGCACUUGUGUGUGGGAAGUAACAGGUUGGUGGGUUUGAAGAUUUUGGUUGAAGAGAUUGGAAAAGAUAAUGAUGAUGAAUUGGUGAAUCAGAAAGAUUGUGAUGGAAACACUAUGUUGCAUAUUGCUGUGGCCAAGAAGCAGAUUGAGAUCAUAAAGUUUUUGCUUACCAUUCCUGGACUGGAUAUAAAUGCAAUAAAUAAGAAUGGCUUCACGGUGUUAGAUACUUUGAUACAGAGCCCCAGGGAUAUAAGAGACAUGGAGAUUGAAUGUAUUCUUAGAGAUGCUGGAGUUUUAAAUGCUAGAGAUCUACAUAUAAUUGCACCUGAAUGGGUUCCAAAUCCAACAAAAGUUCCCCAGACAACAAAGCGCCUGGUCUCACAUGUAUCCGCAGAAGAAAGCAAUUCAAAGAAACCAAUAAUAAAGCAUAAGCACACUGAUUGGCUUGGUAGGAAGCGAAGUGCGUUGAUGGUGGUAGCAUCAUUGAUUGCAACUGUGGCGUUCCAAGCUGCAAUAACCCCGCCAGGGGGUGUUUGGCAAGCAGACGAAACAGUAGAUGAGAAUGGAAACCCUCUGGAGCACCCUCUCAAAGCCGGGACUGCUGUUAUGGCAUACAACCAGGAUAUUGAGUAUGGUCAAUUCAUGAUUUUCAACACACUUGCUUUCCUUGCAUCUCUAAGCAUAAUCCUCCUGCUUGUUAGUGGGUUACCCCUUAAGAAACGGAGAUGGAUGUGGAUUCAAAUGAUUAUAAUGUGGAUUGCCAUCACUGCGCAAGUGAUAACUUACUUCAUAUCUCUAAGACAUAUGUCACCAGAGAGCGCCACAGGUAUGCUGCGUGAUGUAACGGAGAUAUCAGUCUUAACCUGGUUGUGUCUUAUGGGAGUUGUUUUCAUUGGGAAUAUGAUUCGUAUGAACUUAUGGGUUCUUAGAAAGUAUGGACUUAUAAAGGAAAAAGAGCAGAAACCAUCAGCUGAUCAAGUUGACAAUGACCAGGAAGAUGUGUGAGAUGAGAGCAAUGAAAAUUUUACAAGUUUCAUACAGGGUAGCCUACGCUAAACCUAUUGUUUCAAGCUUGUGGUCACUAGUUUCAGAUUAUUGUGUUCGAUUUGUAAAUGUUAAAGUCGGGACGAUCUUUUUUUUUUUU